UGCGUGUGUUCCCCUUUGAAUCUGAGCCCAUUCAUAUUAGAAAAGAUCCAUAUCUGACAGUGUCUGCUCCAGCUGUAGUGGGUGUGUGUGUGUGUGUCACACUGAACGACAGAGAAAGGGAGGGAGAGAGCGCGGACAGGCUCAUAGGGAAGAGCUCAGGGGCAACAGAUCUGGUUUGCUCGGCUGAAACACCAAACACAACGGGAAUGGAUUUCUGCACGACGUGAACGCGAGCAAGGAACACCGGUCUCGUACAUUUAAAAAAAGCCAGGAUGUCAGGGAUGGACGUCCCGUUGGUGGACCAUAAUGAGACCGUGAUCUCUCCGAUAGACAAUGGGACCUUCCUUCGUUUCACCCCAACCUCUGCAUCCACGUCGGCGGCCGCCUCGUCUCCAGGACGUCCGGGCAAUGUCUACAUUUACGUGUGGCUCUUCCUCGGCCUGCUGGUAUUCCUGCUGACGCUGCUCAUCAUCUCCCUCCACAGGCUGAAGAACAUCAUCUCCUCCUCCUCAUCGGUCCCCGACUGCAGCAGCGAGGGAGGGAGCUCCUUCACCAACAUGGAGAUCUGUAGCAUCUCGUCCCAGAGGUCCACCAUCUCCUCACUGUCCACCUGAUGGAGAGCACAUACAGACACGUAGACAUGUAUGUCCAUGUGCAUUUCCUUGUACAUGCACGCAAACAUGCAAACAGCAGACAAGCAUGCACACACACACAAAGCACAUGGAGCCCCAGCACCUCCUCACUGUGACAUAUAAACAGAAAAACACUUUGUCAGCUACAAAGAAUCUGACAGCAUUACACUCCACGCAUGCAUAUUCUAAUUCAAAUAGUCAAGCCAGGUGUGUCCAUGUUAUUUCCAUAGACACAGGGGAGAUAAAGCUCACAAUGUGAUGGAGCGGUCUUGAGCGGUGAGACUGACUAAACUCUUCGAAACCCAUCUGAUAGAAAAAGACAAAUGAAACUGAGAAACUGCUUUCCCUCAGCAGGAAAAAGCGUAAUGAGGAACUAUUACCUUUCCUCUUCAUUUUUGUAAAGUUAAUGUCUUGUAUUGUACUUGUCAUAUUUACUGUGUGGAACAAAACAUAUUAUUGCUUUCAAGUGUGUCCAGCAUGUCUCAUAAUGUCUGUAGACUACACAAUUACAGUUACAAUAAUAUUAAAGACCAUUACUUUGUACAUAAAUGCAUGCUUGUGUCUCAGUUGUUCAGUAACGCUCUGGGAUGCUGUAACAAAAGGUGAAAUGCCCUGAAAACUGUACACCAAAUUGCUUCAUGAUUCCUCUGGGGAACAGACAUUGCACAAGACAUCCUGCUGUGGAUGUUAAAGGUGAGAAAGAAAUGAGGGUUUUGUCUUACUGACAGGCAGACGUCCUCUGACUGCAGCUACAGACCAGGUCAUAAACAAGAUGAAAUUCUUUCCCUGAAAGACAGGUCUACCAGCGUCACGGAUUAUCCUCUCUUGCCCGUCUGCCAGUAUGGCGUCUAAUUGCAGUCUCCAUAGUGACUGAAGCAUGAGAGCUCUGUGCAGCCUUGUCUGUCUCGUAAACUUCAGCUACAGUAAUGGUUGUUUCUGCUCAAAAUACAUCCUUUUUGUUUUAAUCCUGUGAGAUGUAGU